GAAACGCGACCAAAUGCGAAACUACGUCAUCAGCGCCAUUACGGAAAAGACGAACAGGAUGCCUGAAAUUAAAGAUUUUUUAUUGACUAUUUAUUCAUAUAUAUGAGGGUAACAUGUCUCGUUUGUGAUACUAUUUAAAAGCAGAUAGCUCAGUACCUACAUACAGCAGCAAUGGCUUUGUCUAAGGAGGUGGAGAACGAUUACAAGGCGUCCUUGAUGGAUCUGAAUUUCAACAGCAAGCCGUUGAUCAAUAUGUUAACGAUGGUAGCUGAAGACCACGAACAACACGCGCCAGCGAUUGUUAAAGUUAUUGAAGACCACCUCAACAAGUGUAAGCCAGAGGAAAAGUUGCCAGCUCUUUAUUUGAUGGACUCCAUAAUGAAGAAUUUAGAGAAAACCAGUUAUAGGUCACUGUUUGCAAAGAAUCUUGUUCAGACUUUCACAUCAGUGUUUGAGCAGGUGGAUGAAAAAACCAGAUCCUCAAUGUUUAAACUGAGACAGACCUGGAAAACAAUGUUACCCAAUGCAACCCUGUAUAAAAUAGAUAAAAAAAUCAACAGUCUGUUAGAUCCUGCUUGGCCCAUCAAUGCAAAAGAACCAGAACAGACUAGUAUACAUGUAAAUCCAAGAUUUCUUCAAGGGAAGAGCAGUGAAAGUGAGCAUUCAUCACCAGAGACUAUUGAGGAGCCAACAGAUGACCUUGAGGAUCAGGAGGCUAUAAUGAGACGUGAACUUAUUGCUAAGCAACAAGAAUUGCUCAGUUUAAAACAAGCAAGGCUGGAACUUGAACUUGCAGAAACUGCAGAAAAGCUUAAAAAGAAACAGGGUGCUAAGAGUCAGAUAGGUGUUGCCACUACAACAAAAGCUACCCCACUUGGUUUACCACUUCCAAGUUUGGAAGAAUCAUUGCCAGUACCAGAAGCUGCAAUUGUAUCCAGGGAUCCUCGUCCACGUCCAACUGACCCUAGAAGGAGAGAUCCACGUCUCCAGAAACAAGUUGUAUCCUCUCCGAAAGCAUUUCCUACUACAGGGACAGGGCCUGAUACAGUUGUUGCUUCAUUACCUGGGUAUAGUGCAUAUCAAGGUACAGCUCCUGUGAUACCAAGUUCUAGUCAGCCAACAUUCCCCCCAACACAGGCUCAGGGACAUUACCCUGUAGGUAAGUUACCUGUCAGUCAGAUACCACCAGCAGGGAUGGUGCCAUAUAAUGGACUGCCUGCCUCUGGUGUUCCAUACCCUCCAGCUAUGGGUAUGCCUCCUAAUAUGCCAGGACAGUUUAGUGGGGAAGUCUUUGCUCAAGAAGAUUGUGCCAAAUUUAGUGAUGAAAAUGAUUCUGAUUCAAGCUCUAGGUCUAGCUCACAAAGUCGUGAUGUUUCUCAUUUACCUAAACAGUCAAAUAUUCGAGACCCACGGUCUCAUGUGGAACAUAAAAGACAUGUUACAGAUCCAAGAGUUGAACAUAGGCAUCAACAUGGAAAUCAUCAACAUGGAAAUCAUAGAAAUAGUGAUAAAUCAAUUCAUAAAUACUCUAGUGAAAAACAUACUGCUACAAAUAUAGAAGCACGUAGGGAAGUGAGAGACCCUAGAAUUUCUAGUAGCAGGGAAUUACAAGAAAAAAGGAAAUCAAAAGAACGCGAAACACAUGCUUCUUCUAAACAGUCUCGAGGAUUCUCGUCUCAAUCACCUCAGAAAAGUAAUCAUCAGUCAUCCAAAAGCAGAAGUUUAUCAAAAGAAAAAGAAAGUAAAAUAGAAUCAAAAGUGAAAGAGACAAUAGAGGCUGACAAGAAAAGGAAGGAGGAAGAAAGGAAGAAAAAUGAAUUAAAAAGAAAGAGUGAAGAAAGACGAUCAGAUAAAUCAAAAGAACAAAGUACUAGAGAAAAGUCUCCUCAGAAAUCACCAAAACUAUAUUCAUCCAAAAGCUCAAGCAGUACUGGAGAUAGAAAAGGAGACAGAAAGUCUGAUGAAGUAAAAGAUAAAAAAACAGAGUCCCAAAAAAGUUCAACACAUUCCAAUAGCAAGAAAGCUCCCAGUAAAGUCGGAGCUAAAAAGGACAAAAAUAAGGCUGUUGAUGGAAAACAUGGUACAAAAAAGUCAAGUUCUGUAGAGUCAAUGGACAUUGAUGAGAGAAGAAAACCAAGUAAAGAAGCUGAAAAAAGAAGUAGUAGUGAUGGAUCAGAUUAUGGAAGAAUGAUUAAAAAACUUAAACUAGAAAAACCUUCAACUGACACUUUGAGAGAAACAACAAGUCACAGUAGUGGUAAAAUAAAAGACAAUGAGCUUGUUAAAGAUGUAGAUUUGAAAUCAGAAGAUAUGGACCUAGAUUCUGAGCCUAUGGAUCUUGAUACUGAAGUGGAUCGUGUCACCGAAGCUGAGGUUCCUAAGAUUAAUGCUGAUAUAAGUGAUUUAUUUGGUGAAGAAGAUGAAGAUUAUCGCCCCUGUGUUCAGAAACAGCAACAUCUUCCCCUCAAGUCUCCAAGUAGUAAAGGAUGGGAUCAGUUCAAGGCUAGUCAACCAGAUCAAUACGCUUAUGAUAUCGAGCUUAAGAAGCAGCGGCAAGAUUCUGUCACUGAAAUACAAGCUAGGAUCGAGGAAGAGCCAGAAGAUGAAGAUUUACGGGUACAUCAACCAGAAUUCUCUAGACAAGUUUCCAGUUCUGAACAAGUUGAAAUACCAGAGGAACUGUCCAUGAAUCAACAUGGUGAAAUACUGCUCAAAGCAAACAAGCAACUGAAAGAAGGCCUAAUAACACAUGAACAGUACCAAGAAUUGUUGAAGCAGUUAAAGCAGUUGAUGCAAAUACAACAACUGCAAGAACUCCAGGAGCAAAACCGUCGUCUCUCUAGUGAGUUACUGUCUCCUGGUGACAAAGUCCCUGAUAACAGCCAACUAACUUUGCCAUCUCAACAAGCACAGCCUGAACCAGAAAUGCCCACUAUUGAUGCAGUGGUGAGGGAAGUGAGAUCUCCAGAUAGACCUUUGGAUAACUUUAAAAUUCCAAAGAAGAAUAGGGAAAGAGUUGUAGAUGAGGACAGAAGGAAAGAAUUAAGCAAUUUGUAUCCUGAAUCACCUCAAGAAGACCGAUACAGAGGUCAAGGUCCUUUCAAUGGGAGGGAAAAUCAAAUUAAGAUUGAAGGUGAGUUAAUUCCACCAAGAGGAGAUAUUGUGAUAAAGAAAGAGCCAAAUGAAGAUGGACCUUGGAGAGACUUAGAUAGAAGACAACCGAGGAAUGAUGGUAGAAAAGGACCGCCACCUUUUAUUAAUCCAGAUAUACCUGGAAAUGUUCAAGGGAGAUUUGACAGACCUACUGAACACAGAAGUCAAGGAAAUGAUGAAUUCAAUAGAAGAGGUCCACCUGAUGAUAGGAGAGGUCCACCAGAUGACAGGAGAGGUCUACCAGAUGACAAGAGAGGUCCACCAGAUGACAGGAGAGGUCCACCAGAUGACAGGAGAGGGCCUCUUGAUGACAGGAGAGGUCCACCAGAUGACAGGAGAGGUCCGCCAGAUGACAGAAGAGGUCCACCAGAUGACAGGAGAGGUCCACUUGAUGACAGAAGAGGUCCACCAGAUGACAGGAGAGGUCCGCCAGAUGACAGGAGAGGUCCAGCAGAUGACAGGAGAGGUCCACUUGAUGACAGAAGAGGUCCACUAGAUGACAGGAGAGGUCCACCUGGUGAUAGAAGAGGACCACACAGGGAUUUCAUUGAAAAAAGAAGAGGUGGGAUUGAUGGUCCGCAUGAUGACUUUGAAGGUAGAAUGCAGACAGACAUUGAUUACGAUAGAGCAGGACCUCAUGAAAGAUUUGAGGAUGCACCAAACGCAAGAGAUAGAAGAGGUCCAUAUAGAGAUAAUGAUGACAGAAGACCUGAACACUGGAAAGAGGAGCAUUGGCCGGACAGAUUAGGUCCGGAAGAACCACUAGAUAAGAGGGGACCCAGAUUUAAGGGACCUGGAAGAGAUAUUGAUAGAAGAGGUAGAGAUGAAAGGCCUGAAUAUUUAGAAGGUAGGCCUGAUGAAAUGCAUUUUCCAGAUGAUGAUAAUAGAAAUUCUGGAGACCCAAGGUGGCGUGAUGAAAGAAGACCUGAAUUGUGGAGUGAUGGUGAUUUUGAUAACAGGGCACAUCCUGGAAGAUUUAAAGAUGGCAGGAAUGUUGGUUACAGAGGGCCAAAUGAUAUUCCCCCUCAUGAUAGGAGAGGGCCACGUGAUGACAGAAGAGGAGGCCCACAAGGUGACAGAAGACAUGGUAGAGAUGAAGACAUGAAUGUAAAUAGAUCUCCAAGUGGUUGGGAAGAAGGUCCACAUCCAUGGGAUGAUGAAAUGAGGGGACCCCCUCAUCACAGGGGACCUGUAGAAGGUCCUUUUGGACGUCCUGGUCCUCCUGAAGAAGGUGCAGAACCUUGGUUUCCUCAUGAAAGGAGAGGUGAUAGUCCAUCAAAAGAACCAAGGAGAGGACCCCCGGGUAAAAUGCAUCCAAAUGAAAGACAUUUACCAAAGGAUGGUCCACCAAGACAUGGCCAUAGAGAUGAUAGGCUAAAAGAAGAAUAUGAUCCAGCUUUUCCUGAUAAACCAAAACCACUGAUGUCUUUACUUGAUGCAAUGCCUGUAAGACCUCCACCUGGUCUUAGAAAAAAUAUGGGUGAUCCUCGUAUGCAGGGAUUUGGACCUAGAGGCCCACCAAGAUUUGAUGGUCCAAGACCAGAUGGCCCACCUAGAUUUGAUGGUCCUAGACCAGAUGGCCCACCAAGAUUUGAUGGUCCAAGAAUGGAGGGUCCGCCAAGAUUUGAUGGUCCAAGAAUGGAGGGUCCUCCAAGAUUUGAUGGUCCAAGAAUGGAGGGUCCUCCAAAUAAUAGAACAUCCAGGCCUUUACAGCCUCAAUCUGACUCGUAUAUUGACAAAUUUGGUGAUGCUAGGUUUAGAUGCUUUGAUGAAAUGGGUCCUAUUGUAAGUGAAGAAGUUAUUAUUGGCAAGAGAAAUUUUGAAAUAAAACUAGGUGCACCCCCAAGAAAAGUACCCUGGAAUAAAGACUUUAUUCAGGUAUUUGCUGAUCCAGCUAAAAGAGGGAUAGUGAUAGAUGAUAAUCUGAUGUACAAGUUUGGAGAAAGAGUAAAAGAUGUAACAAUCAGAGGAAGGAAGGAGAAAUUGUUUUAUCAUGGUCGACCAAUAAAUCUGUGGAUAGACGGUCAACUUUAUGAAGUGAGAGUAGAUGCCCCUCCAAAAAAUAUCAAUAUCAACGGAAAAGUUCAUAAGGUACAAAUUGAUGGUAGAGAUAUGAUGAUUCUAAUAGAUAAGGAAGAGAAAGGGAGAUUUGGUGGAGAGCCUAGGUUUGUGUUUAUAGAUGAAGUGAGAAUGGAAUUACGGUUUGACCCUCCACCAAGACAUAUACUUAUUGAUGGCAACCGAUGUGAGCUGAAGCUGAACAUGAUGCAACCUUGUGUAAAUAUCAAAGGAAUCGAUCAUGGAAUUAGAUUUGACGGUCCACCUCGUGAUGUUUUCAUCAAUGGUAAAUUGUACCAGAUCUUCACUGACCAUGCUGUGAAACUGAGGGUUGGUAACAGAUAUCAUUAUGUAGCUUUGGGUGGUCCUUGCCACGAAAUUAUUGUAGAUGGAAAAUGGUUUGAAAUGAAGUUUAAUGAAGCGCCAAAAGAGAUCAAUGUAGGCAACCAAGUGUUGAUGGUACAGUUACCAGGGUCUCCACCAGAGGUCAAGAUAUUACCAGAAAUUGCUCAAGAACCAAGGCCAAUACCUCCUGGUAUGCCACUUCCCAUGCGACCUGGUAUGCCAGGACCAGGACCUGGACCAAUGGGAUUUGUCGGACCAAGAGGACCCAUGGGUUUUGGAGGUCCACAGGGACCAAACAUGCCUUUGCCUGGUUUAGGACCUCAAGGUAUGCCAGGACCUAUGCAGCCUCCAGGUGGUCCUUUACCACCACCCUUUGGACCUCCAAUGCCCCAGCCAAUGAAUAUACCUCAGAGUUCUGCACCUGUCAUGACAAUGCCUGGUGCACCUGUUAUUCCUGGAAUUGGUCCCCCAGUUACAGGUACUCCAGCACCCCAGUCCAGUGUUCCAAAUGUGUUAGCAAAUUUGUUCCCCCCAGCUGUAUCAACAACAAGUGCUCCGACAGCCCCUAUAGAUAUUAACAGUCUGUUUGCCAAGUUAAUCAACACGGGUAUCAUUAAAAAGGAUACAGAUCCGAAACCAGAACCCCCUGCCAAGACAUCUACGAGUAAACCAGAACUUGUUAAACCUCAGGAAUAUAUUGUACCACAGAAAAAGAAACCAGAAGAGAAAUUUGAAGAUAUACCAGACAUGACAGAGAUGAAUACGGUUGAAAUGAAGAGCUUACCAGUUGGAAUGAUACAACGUUUAUACUCCGGUGUACAGUGUACUUCAUGUGGGGAGAGGUUUAUAUUGAAAGAUGGUGAGAAAGAAGCAAAAUACCGCCAACAUUUAGACUGGCACUUCAGGCAGAACAGAAGGGGUAAAACUGACAUGAAAUUAAGCAGUUGUAGGAAGUGGUACUAUGGCAUUGAUGAUUGGAUACAGUAUGAAGAAGUUAUUGAUUCAGAUGAAACUGGUAAAAGCAACUUCUUUGAGCAGCAACAACAACCUGUUGAUGUUACCCAGACCAACACCCAGAAUCCUCUAUCACUUAUUGUACCCGAGGGUGUCUCUGUCAUCAGGUGUCCCCCGGCAACAGGCAAUGAUAGUGAAGAUAUGUGCAAUAUAUGUAUGGAAGUGUUUGAGCAGUAUUGGAAUGAGGAGUUGGAGGAAUGGCAUCUCAGGGAUGCAAUUAAAGUCAAUAACAAAACAUACCAUCCUAUAUGCUACGAAGAUCAUACAGAUGUGUCUGAAGGAACGCCAAGUCCAUCAGUUCUAAGUGUAGGGGAACCAACUUACUUAUCAAGGAAGUCCCUCACAUAUGAUGAAGCUUCACAGGAUGGUCACCAUGCUUCAUUUGAGGAAGAGAGAAAAAUUUCAACUGAUACGCCAGAACCAAUGGACACUGAGGUGAAUAAGAGUGAACCAGAGAGUGUUAGCAUAAAGACAGAACCCCAAGAUGACAUUAUAGUUCCUGUUACAAUAAAGCAGGAACCAGAGGUUUUGAAAGAACAAGAACCCGAAUUAAUUAAAGAAGCCGAUAUAAAAGAGGAACCAGAUCUCAUAAAGGAGCCAGAAAUAAAGGAGGAACCAGCAGUGGAAAAUUUGCCAAGUGUUCAGAAUGACAGUUUAUUAGAUAAAACGAAUUCUAUUCCUGGAAUUAAAACAGAACCACCUGAAAUUCAGGUACUUGAAAGUGACACAGAUAUUCCCUCACAAUCAAAUGUUGAAACGACUGAUUUUGUUGAUAAUGAUGAAAAAGAAGAAGAAAGUAAUAAACCUGCUGAGGUUCCUGAACAGUUGGUAGAAAUACCAAUGGAAACCACUAGUUCUCUAGCUGUUCCACAGUUGAUAGAAAUACCAAUGGAGACCACUAGUUCACCAGUGGUAGAAACACCAAUGGAGACCACUAGUUCACUAGCAGUAGAAACACCAAUGGAGCCCACUAGUUCACCAGCGGUAGAAACACCAAUGGAGCCCACUAGUUCUCCAGCUAUUCCAGAUACUGUUGUUCUAGAUACUGUUGUAGCAGAGGAAUCUGAAAUUAAAGCUUCAGCACAGUCUGUAAAUCUGGAAGCUGAGACUAUAGAAUCUAGUGAAAACACUUGUUUAAAACCUGAAGAAAUGGCAAAAGAUACAGAAGCUGAUUCUGAGCUGGAAACAGAAUCAAAUUCCCAGUCUACAACAAAUUUUGAAAUAUCUACCUCAGGUAUACAUGUUAAUACAGGUUUAUCUUUGCCUAGUGAUCCGACUUGUAGUGAGACACAACAUUCACCUACAUACUCUAAACUGAGCAAAAUUAAACUUGUUAUUCAACAGGAGUCUCCUGAAAUUACUCCUGAAGUUUUCGAAAUAGGAUCAAAUGCAAGUACACCAACUCAAGAUGAACUUCCUAGUCCCCCAGGAGAUUACUCCUGACAGUGUACACACUCAAAGUUUUAAGGGUACUCAAAUACAUUAACAAUGUCAUUUUACAUACAUGUAUUAUUAUUGAUGAUCCUUUUUUUUGGAAAUUAAUCAACAGUUAUUGAAUAAUGGCACGUUUUAAUUUGAAUCAUAUAAGUGAUCAACUUCAGAAGAUAUUAUUUGUUUAUGUAAAAAUCAAAAUGUUUUAUUUUUGAUGAAAAUAAAUUAAAAGUGCACAGAUUAUGAAAAUAUAGAAUAAUACGAAUGCUUAUGUUUCUAGUAUCGUAAGUAACAUCAUUAAAUUUGGAAUAAUUUGACACAUUACAUGAAACAUUGAUUGAUUUUAACCUGUAUUCAUAAGCAACAUUUACUUGGUUUAUGUUAUUUUUGUAGGUUAUUAGUUGCAUUUGUUACUUUGUGGUACUGCUGUUUUGUAAAACCAUAAUGAGAUAUGUUUAUUUGUGUAAUAGAGUACUUGUUUUAGUUUGAAUUUGAAAAGAUCAUUUCAUUAAAUGUAAUAUAAUAAUUAUAUAUAUUUCAUAGAAAUUCAUACAGUGAGGACUUGUGCUAGAUAUUUAUUUUUUACAUUUUGUAAAUAUUCUGGUUCAAAGAACAUGUAUAUAGUAAAUAUAAUUUUGUAAAGUUUGUCAAAAAAAUAAGAGUGGUAUCAUUGGUAUGAUACUGGUCCUUGGUAUGUUUUUAUCUGUCAUAAUUGUAUCAAUUCAAUUUUGUUAAUAUUACAAAUCGGGUGCAUGUGCCUCAGUGUUUACAGGGAAACAUUGUUGGCUCUAUAAGUGCUUUUUUUACUAUCACUAUUAAAGUUAAUUAUCAUUAGAGUAUUAGUUAGCUAUUUCUAUAAGUAUAUUCUGUUAUUUUUAUUAUGUUAGUAAAGCCGAUUGAGAACAGGGGUUUCUCAUGAUUGUUUUUUAUUUGGAACCUAAAAGAUUAUUCGAUUUUGCUUUGUUUGUCAAAGAUGUGUUCUUGUAGUAUAUUUAGUAUUUUCAGAUAUCAGAAUUUCAGGUAUAUUUAUUUAACAAUCUGAAAUUACUAAUUUAUCAACUGGAAAAAGUAAAAAAAAAGGAUUAUAUUAAGUAAAUACUUCAUUGAUUUUUCAUCAUCACCAAACCACUUUUUAAUGUCUUACUUAGUAUAUAGUAUGAUUUUUAUAAUUGUUUUCUAACUGAAAGAUGAACAUUUGCUAUGUGAUAUUGUUGCAAUGUUGAUAUAACAUUAUUGUAUAUUAUACAAUAAAUGUUGAAAGAUGAAA